CUCAUUCUGUAGUGAUAAUGAUAACAUUGCAUCAAGUGGAAGGUCAUGCUCCUCCGACGAUACCACCAAUUGUAACUGUUUACAAUAACCUUUCAAAACACACUUUACAAAACCAUAAUUAUGAGUGUUUGAGUCAUCUGGGGGGUGGCGAAAUUGUUGGAUUAUUUGAAAUUAGUAAAUCAACUGUUGAUGAUAUUUUGAGAAAUAAAGAUAAGUGGCUUGCAGUUACAGAAAGUGAUGCAAAUAAAAAUUGUGAGGUAGAUAAUGCUUCUUCACACCAGUUGGAAGAAGGUGAAAAGUUGAAAGGAUCAGAUGAGUUAGAUAAUGAAGAAAAUAUAGUACAAUUUCUUAUUAAUCAAAUGAAUGUUGAUGAUAUUACAGCAAGUAAUUACAUUAAUGUUGACUCUAGAAUAGAAACAGCUGAAAUGAUUAAUGAUGAUGAGAUAAUUGCUGUAGUACAAGAAGCACCAAAAAAAGAAGAGGAAGAUAUGAGUAUUCAAAUAUCAAAUACAAUUGCCAUUGAUAACAUCCAAAAUCUAUUGAUAUAA